CAGGGUCAAGGUUAUAUACAGCUUCUUUAACGGGUACUGAUGGAGUAACAAAUGUUGAUAGAGAUGAAGAAGUAAUAGAUAUUAAUGGAGAUGAAGAAGUAAUGGAUGUUGAUGAAGGUAAAGUAGUAAUGGAUGUUGAUGGAGGUAAAGGAACAAUAGAUGUUAAUAGAAAUGGAAGAAAAACUUGGUCUUCAAAAUCUGUUUCAAAACCAUUAUCAUCAUCACUUGCAGCUUCUU